AUGUCGGUGUCCGUAAAGUCCAGUCUUUCUUCUCCUGAUGGAUCUAAACCAGAGAGUCACAGGAUGAAGAAAUGGAGUCAUUCUCUAGUCAAUAACAUUGUUGCAAAGCUACCUCAGUUGAGAGAGAGGACACCUUCAAAAGAAAAAAGCAGCCUGCAAGUGCAGCCAGUUUAUAAUUAUUUAAUACCAGAUGAGCUCCUUUUAACUCUCAUCACUACAUGUCCUCAAGAUAUACUGGGACCCCCCAAAUUAAACAAAACUCCAAAAAACUUCAAGUUUUGUUUACUACAUCGGCCUGAUCCACUGUGGCACCAUUCUUCCAUUCGCAAGAAAUACCAAUAUUUUCUCAAACAACCGACCUCUUUAACUGGAGCUGGAAGGGACAUAUCUUUUCUAUGUGAUGCCUUAGUAUCUCAGAGGGAUCGGGUGCCUCUUCCACCAGUGGCUGAACAAGGGUCUGCAAAACCUCAAGGAGUCAUAAAGCAAGAUAGGAGUUCACUGGAAACUUUAAUCCCUGAAGAAUAUCACAUCAUAAAAAACAGAGGUCUGAAAGGAUUGCAGUGUUACGACGACACAUUCACAGUUCUCUUAGAAGAUGAUGAGAAGAAGUUAAGAGUCUUUCCAUCAAUGAAACCAAGUGGUCAGCUUGAGGUAAUGCAGUUAAUGAAAGUGAUGGACAAUAUGCUGGAAAAAGCUGCCGUCAAUCAAGAGUUCCAAGAGCUAACCGAAUUACCAUUUACAAUGAUAAAGAUAAAUAAACUCCAGCUUGUCAGAUGGCUAAAUAUUAGUGAGCAGAUGUGGGCCAAGACUGCAGAUCAAUUUACUGUCUUCCUAACAGCAAAGGAUUGUGAGGAUGUAUACCACAUCUUGGAGUUGACUGACCAAUGGAAAGAGAAACUGACAACCUUUAUGGAGAACCUCAGAAAGGCUGAAAGCAAUCAAUGCGAGAACAUUAAAUCUGUCCUCACUAUAAUUGUCAAGUGGCACAAGUACUGUGAGGACAAGAUAAGUGGCCCUAAUAUAAAAGUUGACAAGUCUUCAGAAGAGGAGCUGUCCCUUGACUUAAAGCAGUGGUCAUUGUUUAGCAAAGUGUUGACAGAGAAGUGUGAGCGUUACAGAGGGGAGGGCCUAGUGUCUGGUCAGGAAACACUUGAAAUGCUAACAAACCUACAAGAGUCCUGGACUGAGGUUUGUCUAAAGCUCUUUAGGAGGCAUCCUGCUUCAGAUGGAGGGCCACCCAAAGGCCAGGAGGCCAUGAAGGAACCGGCUAAGUCCGUCACUGAGCUCCACAAGCAACUGGGAAUCCGUAUCAGUGGAGAAAAUGGGAUCCAUACUACGCUAAUAUCCCUUAUCGAAAAUAUGGAGUUCUGGUCCAGAAGACUCAAGUCCAUGAGUGGACAGCCAGAUGGACAGCCCUCAGAUGAUUGGUUUCAGUUGGAGGAAGCUCUUGGUAACUUGAUAAAUCUGUCUAAGGAGGCUCUUCUGCUAGUGGACAGAACACAGUCAGAACUUGAGAGAGCCAAAAAGAAACCUCACUCCAAGACUGAAAUUGAUGAUGUCUUCAAGACAAUGAAGGAAUGGCUGUUCUCUCAAGAAAACUUUUUCGACUGUGAAAAUAUGAGGCUUCGUGAAGAGGUGAGUUCUGUUUACACUCUGCUGAUUAGUUGGAUGGUAGACCUUCUGUUACUAAUGAUUCCAGUCCAUUCGGAUGACCAGGAAGCUGCAUCUCAUCCAAUGCCUGAACCAAACGUCAUAGUGGACGUGUCUGUUGAGAAGUUGGAGGAAGAGGCUAGGAACAUUUCUGGGAAACUGGACUACUUUUCCAAAUACAUCAUAAGCUCUUGUCAGGCCAUUGUGGAGGAGGUAGUCUGGAGGAGUUCCACUCAGAAUGACACUGAGAAUGAGUUGUAUCAACCUGCCAAGCUUCAGAUGGAGGAACAACCAGAGCUACCUGUUCAAUCUAAUGAGGAUGAAGAACAACCGUUGGAUAUAAAAGAUGUGGAAGACCAGGUUGUAGAGGCUAGCAGGGAGCAGAAAGACCAUUUGGUCAUCAACCUAAUAGGUCAUGAUGGCAUUAUCACUAAGCAGACGUUGGGAGAGGACACAAUCCAGCUCAUAGGGACCAAAGUUGAUGCAUCUCCUCCCACUGAGAAUGCCCAGGAGGCCUUCAAUGCUUUAGAAACAGUCAGAACUCUUCAGCAAAAACUUCUAGAGGUUGAGCCUCGUGCGAUCAGUGCAGAGGUACGGGCUUUAAAGGCAGAGGAAGACUUCCACAGCUUGGACAAGAUGCAGCUACAGGCUCGGCCCAGUGUGGAAACUAAGGGUAAGUGUGUCAGAUAA